AUGCGUACAGUAAAACAAUUGGCAAUUGAGAAAACAAUGUUACAACAAUUUGCCAAGCUGAUACUUACUCAAAAUUACUCAGCACUCUUAGCAUUUUCAUAUACUUGCAUUUGGGGACCAGUUCCAGCUAUUAUAACAGCUAUUUAUUGGCGUGCGCUCGUCUUAAUUGAAAAUGGUAAAAUGACAGCAGAUGGCAUAAUCAUAGUCUUCGCUUUCAGUAAUUUUGCCAUGCUAGCGAUUCGUAAUAUUGCGGGUCUAAUUGAUUAUAUGGGUUCGUCACUAUCAGCUGCUCAAAAUUUCUUUGAUUUAUUUGAUCGUAUAUCAGCCAUUGACAGCAGUUCAACAGAAGGUCAAAAACUAACUGACGUUUGUGGUGACAUCGAAUUCGACCGUGUCGAUUUUUUCUAUCCAUCGCGGCCGCAAACAAUUAUUUUGAAAAAGUUUUGUUUAUCAAUAAAAUCUGGUCAAAAUUUAGCACUUGUUGGUAUGCAUUUAUUAUUUGAUUAUGUCUUUCAAUUAAAUAUAUUUUAUUGCUAUUUAGGUGAAUCUGGUUGUGGCAAGUCAACAAUUAUUCAGCUCUUACAAAGAUUUUAUGACGUAUCACAUGGUCAAGUGCGUCUCGACAAUGUUGAUAUUAGAAAUAUCAAUAUUAACUCGCUCCGCUCUUAUUUUGGUCUUGUGAGCCAAGAGCCAAUAUUGUUCAAUUUGACGAUCGCAGAAAAUAUAGCCUAUGCUCAAGAAAACAUUUCCAUGGAAGCUAUUAUUGAAGCAGCUACUGAGGCCAAUAUUCAUCAAUUUAUUCAACAACUACCGAUGGGCUACGAAACAAAAGUGGGCAUGAAAGGAAAUUUAUUGUCAGGUGGCGAAAAGCAACGUAUUGCCAUUGCUCGAGCUUUUCUUCGACAACCAAAGAUAUUGCUCUUAGACGAAGCAACUAAUGCCAUAGACGUAUACAAUGAACAAAUCGUACAAAAAGUUCUCGAAGAAGCACGAAUAAAAGAUGCAAAUAGGACAACGCUCACAAUUGUCCAUCGUAUCUCAACGAUUCGUUCAUGCGAUCCUAUAUGUGUACUUCACGCAGGACAUUUGAUAGAAAGCGGUCAUCACGAUGAUUUGAUGCAACGGCAAGGGGCCUACUAUGGAAUUGUAACUUCAAACAGUUCUCAAAAUUAA